CCCUGCUUUUCCCAGCCGGAGGAGGAGUGGGAGGCCAGACAUGGAGGCCGUUCCUCCAGUCAGAUCCAGCCUUUUGGGGAUUCUGUUGCAGGUUAUAAGGCUCACAGUGCUGCUGGUUCAGAACCGAGAUCACCUCUAUAAUUUCCUGCUCCUCAAGAUCAACCUCUUCAACCACUGGGUAUCAGGGCUGGCCCAGGAGGCCCGGGGGUCCUGUAACUGGCAGGCCCACCUACCCCUGGGAGCUGCAGCCUGCCCGCUGGGCCGGGCUCUCCGGGCUGGGCUGGCUCUGAUCCAGGUCCCCGUGUGGCUCGUGCUACAGGGACCCAGGCUGAUGUGGGCUGGCAUGUGGGGCGGCACCAGGGCCCUAGGCCUGGCCUUGCUCAGUGCCUGGGAGCAGCUGGGCCUGUCUGUGGCCAUCUGGACAGACCUAUUUUUGUCAUGUCUGCACGGCCUGAUGUUGGUGGCCUUGCUCCUGGUGAUAGUGACCUGGAGGGUGUGUCAGAAGGCCCACUGCUUCCGACCGGACAGGCAGCUCAGUAAGGCCUUGCAAAUGAACUGCGUGGUGAGGAAGCUCCUGGCACAGCUGAGACGUCUGUAUUGGUGGGUGGAGACUAUGACUGCCCUCACCUCCUGGCACCUGGCCUAUCUCAUCACCUGGACCACCUGCCUGGCCUCCCACCUGCUGCAGGCUGCCUUUGAACACACGGCCCAGCUGGCCCAGGCCCAGGAGGUUGAAACCCAGGAGGUCUCAGGGUCUUCCUUGCUGCCCUCACUAUCUGGGUCCUCGGACUCGGAGUCUGGACUAGUUUUGUCAGAGCAAGAAACUCCCAGAGCAUAAAUGUAUUCCCAUCUGCC